AUGACCCUUACUGAUUUCCUCAAGAAUGGUCCACCUCGGUUUAACGGAAACGCCAAUGCCCUGGAGGCUGAUCAGUGGUUUCGAGAAGUAGAGAGAUUUUUGCACACUCAGCACAUUCCUGAAGAAUUGGAGUUAAUGCAGCUGAAGCAAAAGGAUAUGUCCGUCGCUGACUAUACCCAUGAAUUCGACGACCUGUGCCGUUUCUCAAAAUCUUGUCAAAGAGAUCCAGCCGAUUAUGAGGAAUGGAAGUGUGCUCAGUAUGAGAAAGGACUAAGGAGAGAUAUCUUUAAUUACGUGUAUCCACAAAAGCUAACAAAUUUCACUGAGUUAGCUAAGAAGAGCCAGCUCGCAGAGGAUCACUACUUGAAGUGGACACUGCUACAGGAAGGCUUUGGUGAGAUUGCUCCAGAGGAGCCGCACAGGGCUGGACUGAGAAUGUGCUUUCGAUAUAGAGCACCAGGACACAUGUCUAGGGAUUGUCCGUGUGGAAGAGCUGCAAAUGCGGGUUGGCCAUGA